CCAAAAGAAGUGAGCACUAACAUCCUAAUAGGACAGAGGGAGGCGAUCAGAGGGAACUGGGAAGUAUUGAACGGAUCUCACUCUUUUUAGUGAUUAAACUUGAAGAGAUUUUAGCUUAGUUAUAGACUGAAACCUUCCGAGGACUCCUGCUGUUUGGGUAUUAUUCCGCGCGACACAUGCGAACUUCCAUUUAAACAGAAACCUGAUUUUUACGAACACAAUGGCAAAUUUACAUCUGAGAUGCCUUUUGGCCCUGGUUUUAGUGCACGUGGUUUGGUCCUCUGGUGUUUUCGAGUUGAAGAUCCACUCUUUCCACACGGCGCAGCGCAUUUGCAGAAGACACAGAGACUGUCACAUCUUCUUCAGAAUCUGCCUCAAGCACCCGGAGGAUGUGAUCUCAGCGGAGCCACCUUGCACAUUUGGCACCGGCCACACGAACGUCAUCCGCGCGGACCACACGUCUAUCUCCAGCAGCGCUCCUAUCAGGGUUCCUUUCCACUUCAAAUGGCCGGGAACGUUUUCAUUGAUAAUUGAAGCCUGGAAUGCAGAAUCUCCCACAGAGUACACUGAUAACCAGAACAACCUUGUGAGCCGUUUGGCAACCAGGAGGAGGCUUGCCAUCGGAGAGGACUGGUCCCAGGACGUCCACUUCGGCGAGCAGAGUGAGCUGCGCUACUCCUACCACGUCUACUGCGACGAGUACUACUUUGGGGACGGCUGUGCAGACUACUGCAGGCCUAGGGACGACACGCUGGGCCACUACACCUGCGAUGAGGAGGGCAACCGCAUCUGCCUGGAGGGAUGGAAAGGGAACUACUGCUCUGAGCCCAUCUGCUCGGCGGACUGCAGUGAGAAGCAUGGCUACUGCGAGGCCCCAGGGGGCUGUACAUGCCGCAUGGGCUGGCAGGGCCCCUCCUGCAAUGAAUGUGUGCAAUACCCAGGUUGUCUCCAUGGGACAUGCAGCCAGCCAUGGCAGUGUAACUGUCAGGAAGGCUGGGGAGGGCUCUUUUGCGACCAGGACCUCAAUUACUGCACCAACCACAAGCCAUGUGCAAAUGGGGCAACCUGCACCAACACAGGUCAAGGCAGCUACACCUGCACAUGUAGGCCCGGCUUCGGAGGAACCAACUGUGAGCUGGAGACCAACGAGUGUGACAGCAACCCCUGCAAGAAUGGAGGCAGCUGCAAUGACCUGGAGAACGACUACUCCUGCACCUGCCCACAGGGAUUCUAUGGAAAGAACUGUGAGAUCAUUGCCAUGACCUGUGCAGAUGGUCCCUGUUUUAAUGGCGGAACCUGCAUGGAGACGAUGACUGGGGGCUACACGUGCCGCUGCCCUCCCAGUUACACCGGCUCCAACUGUGAAAAGAAGCUGGAUCGCUGCAGCAACAGGCCCUGUUUGAAUGGUGGUGACUGCCUGGACCUUGGCCAGAGUAUCCUGUGCCGUUGCCAGCUUGGUUUCACAGGGGCCAAUUGCCAGAUCAACAUCGAUGACUGUGCCUUGAAUCCCUGCCAAAAUGCUGGAACAUGCCAGGAUGGUGUGAAUGACUACACUUGUUCCUGUACCUUGGGAUUCACUGGGAAGAACUGCAGCGUGCGUUCAGAUGCCUGCGGGGCCCGUCCCUGCCAAAACGGUGGCACCUGCUUCACCCACUUUACAGGGCCCGUCUGUCAGUGUCCUAAGGGCUUCAUGGGUCCGAGCUGUGAGUUCACACUUCAACCUAGUUUCAAGCCAGCUUUGCGGCAGACCUCCCAGGCCUCCUCGACUACCACCGUCACCAUAUCCUGCCUCCUAGCAGUCCUGGUGCUGGUUCUAGUUGCGAGCAUCCUUUUCCUGCGGCGAAGAAGAAGGAGGAUGGAGGGAAGGAAGCAUCUGAGAGACAUUGCAGUUUACAAUGACUUGGAGACGGUCAACAACCUGGGAGGCAGUGAGAGGGAUGCUUUCCUCAGUCCAAAUGGCCUCUUCAAGAUCAGCAACAGCACUGCUCGCCUCAGCCUCUGCCCCGAUGGCCGACCGGGAUACAGGCACAACCCAGUGGAGAGCAGCCUAGCCAGAGUGGAGCAUCAGGACUUCGUAUGGAGGGACGAGGCCAUGCUUAGCUCUACAGCAGGACUGAGAUGAAGCAGAACAAAACACACAUUUUGAUACAGGAAAAAAAAAAAAACAUUUUAGCACUUGUUGCCUUUAUCUUUGUCAAAAGAAGAGCAAAGCAGUAACAGAUAGAGAUGUCAGUGUAAACAUUUCAGGUCUGACAUGAAGGACAUGAAGUUAUAAGGAUAUUUGAAAACGUUUAUGGGCCUGUGCUCUUCAAUGUUAAGACCCAAAGAGACAAAUAAUGUGACCUUUUGAUGAUAGGACCUACAACACAAACCAAAUGCAGGAUGAAGAAUUAUAUUUUCAGUACAUUCACUUUCUUUUGUAUAAAUUUUUUUUUUUUUUGCAUUUCAAUCUUCCUUUGACAAUUUUUUCCUUGUUGUGUGAACCAUCAUUUUUUAUUCUUUAUAUUAUUUAUUUAUUUGGAAGCUUCACCUUGAUUAUCACAGAUGUAGAGAUAUAUUUAUAUGAUGCUAAGCGCAGACUGUGACAUUUGAUGUUGUAUCUGGAUAUAUGAAAUAUCCCAAAGAUAAAAGUGCAGAUAUAAGGAGCCAUUUCUUCUGAUGAUAUCUACAGUAUGAUGUUUUAGUGGUGGUUUUACACUCAUGUGCCAUUUUAUGUUCAUGCCAAAGUUUGUGUUCUUUUACAUGUUUUCAUUCAUGUUAUUUAAGUUAAUCUUUUGUGUGUUUGGGAAUAAAACGUGUGAUGAA